AGAACCCCAAGUACCCCGGAGGAGCAGGAUAAGGACUUUCUUCCACAUCCUCAGGAAACGAGAGAAGGACCUGCUCUCAUACACAUUCAUCUGUUUGAUCGAGGCGGCAGUAGGACAGAGGCAGUCCGAGGGAGCAGAAGUGUAGACAGUGAGGAACCAUGGGGGACUGGAGUCUCCUUGGAAACUUCCUUGAGGAGGUGCAGGAGCACUCUACCUCAGUGGGGAAGGUGUGGCUCACUAUCCUUUUCAUCUUCCGCAUCCUGGUCCUGGGUACAGCAGCCGAGUCGUCUUGGGGCGAUGAGCAGUCUGACUUCAUGUGCGACACCCAGCAGCCCGGUUGCACCAAUGUCUGCUAUGACCGUGCCUUCCCCAUCGCCCACAUCCGAUAUUGGGUGCUGCAGAUAGUCUUUGUCUCCACACCCUCACUUAUCUACAUGGGCCAUGCCAUGCACACUGUGCGCAUGGAGGAGAAACGCAGGCGGCAGAAGCAGGAGGAGCGUGAGGCAGAUGAGGGAAGAGGGGAACCAGGAAGUGGCGAGAAGGACUACCUGGAGCAGAAGGAGAAGUCUUCUGAAACACCACACAAGAUUCGCUUAAAAGGCGCGCUGCUUCGGACUUACAUACUGAGCAUCCUGAUCCGCUUGGUCAUGGAAGUGGUCUUCAUUGUGAUCCAGUAUAUGAUGUAUGGCAUCUUUUUGGAGUCGUUGUACCACUGCAAUACUUUACCAUGUCCCAACCCAGUCAACUGCUACAUGUCACGGCCUACAGAGAAGAAUGUCUUCAUUGUGUUCAUGUUGGUCGUGGCAGCCGUGUCCCUAUUCCUCAGUGUUCUGGAGCUUUAUCACCUCGGCUGGAAGCAGUGCAAGAGUUGCUUCCGUAAGUAUGUUGAGAGCCGUGCCACUAUCGGCAACAAUGAAACCAACAUCAAAAGCGGCAAAGCUGUUUCUGCAGCCAUGCCAACUAACUUUCCAGACAGCUCCCAGUCACAUCCUGCCAACAACUGCACCCCACCUCCAGAUUUUAACCAGUGCUUAGCAUCAGGAAGAGGACCACCAUCACCUGGACAUGUUCAUCACCAUGUUCAUUCCAUCCACUCGGGUUACCAACCCUUCACCAAUCACUUAGCCCACCAGCAGAACUCGGUCAACCUGGCCACUGAGCGGCACUGCCAGCGCAGCCAUGAUGACCUGGAGGCAGGGGAGGAUUUCUUGAGGAUGAGCUAUGACCAUCGACCAGCCAUUGUGGCUUGUGUAAACAGCCCUGCUGAAGUGCUACCGAGUGCUCCUUCCACACCAACGUCCAACAGCAGCUUCAACAGAGACAAACGCUGCUUCAGUAGGACCAGUGGCUCCAGUAGCAGUAAAACACGGCCAGACCUAGCAGUAUGAUCGGGGUGUGGCCAGAUACAAGUGUAUUGUGGUGAAUGAGGAUUGUGUGAAUACAAUAUGGCCAAAAGUAUGUAGACACCUGAUCAUCACACCCAUAUGUGGGUCUUCCCCAAACUGUUGCCACAAACUUGGAAGCAGACAUUUGUCUAGAAUGCCUUUG